AUGUCUGAUAUUUAUAAUAGAUUGGGUCCUCAAGGAAGAGCUCUAUUAUCACAACACCAACACCAACACCAACAACAGCCAGGUGUCGUUCAUUUCAAUGAAGAUUCAACUACCAUCGCACCGCAGGAUUUGGAUUUCUUAAUUAAUGAAUUACGGUUCCCCAGGGCAGAUACAAAUGUUUCAAAAGUAUUAGGAUAUUUAUAUAGUUAUGUUCCUUAUAUCAAACAUGAACAUAAUUUACGAGUAGUUAUUGCUAGUUUCUUAAAUACUCCUGUUUGCUUUAGUGGACAAGUCUCAUUUGAAGAGAAUUAUUUCAUUAUUGAAGUUUUUAAAUUGAUUGUUGAUAAGAAAUUAAAGAUAUCACAACCUACAUUGACCAUUAAAGAGUUUUACACCAUCUUAUUAAAAGAAUUAUCUAAUUUUGCUAAUUAUAAUCCAGUUGCCAAUAGUUGGAAGGUAUUACCUAUUAUUACUGGAAUGUUAUUAUCAAAUCAAUUAAGAGAUGGUCUUUAUACUGAACAUAAUUAUGUGGAAUAUAAAUGGUUCUUCAAAAAUUGGGAUCAUGAAAUGCUUGGAUUGUUUAAGAAAUGUCUUAACUAUAGUCUUUCCCACACACAUAGUGAAGAUGUCGUUAAUUUGAGUUUAUUAAGUCUUGCAUUGGUAUUUAGAAAAGAAGAACUGAUAAAACCAUAUACCCUGCAAGUUGCUGAUGGGUUCAUUAUUAAUAAGCUUGUUUCAUUGAUUUAUCUUCAUCCUGAGUAUUCAAUUAUAGUAUAUCAAAAAUUCUUGAAUGUCAAUCCAUCCAAUCCUGAACUUGAAUCAAUUAUAUCAAAAGAAAUUAUCCAAAAACCAGUAAUCAAACAUUUGAAUAAGCUUUCAUUCUUACUUGAAGCAUAUUUUUCACAAUUAGAAAUAGAUCCGAAAUCAGCCAACCUAGUCAUGGAAACCAUGCUUAAAAUCGAAUCGUUCAAUAAGACGUUAUCCCACUCCAUCAAAUCAUCUCGAUUCAACAAAUUCAAUGGACCGGCUGAUACUUCCUACUUAUCCCAACAAUUCUGGCACAUAAUGAAAAGUCUCCUCUUUUCACAAAUCAUAAUCUUCCAAGGUAUCCUCACCCGUUUCCUCACCUCGAAAUCAUCCCGAGGCUUCUCGUUUUUCACGAGAAGAAACCAAGUCAUAAUCGAAUCAGAAUAUCGUCAACUUUCACACAAAUUCUUAUCCAAUCUUUAUUAUAUCAAUUUCAUCCUAUUAUCUAUUGGCCAAGGAGGGUUCGAUAAUUAUAAUUUCGUCUAUCAUCUCGCAUUGGAAUUAGCUAUUUCAACCGGACCGGAAUUUGAAAGGUUUACGAAGUAUUUAAUUGGGAACUAUCAUGAGGUCAACUUAUAUCCAGACGUACUCAACAAUGACUACAUCACACAUUCGAAAGUUAUGUUUGUGCUUGGAUUAUGGGAGAAUUAUCUCCAGCUGGCGGGCUCGAGUGUGAGUGGUGGCUUUUCGAAAGAAAUCUAUGAAAUUGCGAUCAGUAUUGCCGAUGAUAGGAGAUAUAUCAAUACGGACCUACUCGAAUCGGGCCACUCAGUUGUCUUGUUCCAUUUCGCAAAUAUACAAGAAGUAGAUGUGAAUGAAAGUAGGCAAUAUGUUGAAUUAUUAAUUGGACAAUUCCCAACCCGGAUAUCACCUCAUCAAUUAAAUAUCGCCAUUGAAACAAUCGGCAAAAAGAUCUUAUCGUCACCCAUCGCCUACCAGAAUUCAAAAUAUGCAAAUUCAGCAGAAGAACUAUUUGAAUACUUAAUUUCAAAAACUAUCCCCAUCCUCCCUGGAAUACCAAUUGAAAAAUCCCAAUCCACCACACCCAUCUCAUUCCAAGAAUUAUCUACCUCCAAUGACACUUCCAACCGGGUACCUAAAUCAGAAUAUCAAUUCCAAGUCAGACAAACCCCAUCCACAAUCCGGGAAUCCUUAAUCACCACAAUCAUCUCCCUCAUCCCCUAUUUCCCAAUCUCGGUGUUUUCAGCCUGGUUGGACCGGGUCUGGGUGUUGAUUUGUGGAAGUAGUCGACCAGAACAAGAAUUCUUGAUUGGAAGGUUAUGGAAGACGAUUGGGGAGGAAUUGGAUUUGAAUAGGGCAGAAGUGGGGAUUAGAUGGUGGUAUAAUGAGAAAGAAUUGUCUGUGAGGAGAUUGGGUACAAUUUCGAAGAUUUAA